CAGCGAACUCCGGCAGUGCUGAGGUACUGACAUCCGUGCUGGGACGGUCAGUCACCUCUAAAGAAGUGUCCAAACGAAACUAAACAAAUUAAUCUAAGCCCCCAUGGACACCCAAGCUACUCUAACAGCACAACAAUCUGGGUGAGCUUAGCCCGGUCGUGCUGGUUAGCACAGCAGGAAGAAGGAAAGGAAACGCAAGCCUGACCCCGGCUCAGGUUGUGGAGCUGGGCUUGGCUUGUUUUCUCGGUCACAGGCAGCUGACUGUAUCGGGAAAGAGCACUGCCCUCAGAACCGAAAGAGAAAGCAGAGAUAACUAUCUGCACGUGACAAAAACAGGCUGUGGGGACAGCCACCAGCCAGCACAGCACCGACAGCAGCCUCAGCGCCGCUUCUAUCCGAGACCGGCUCCACAGCCUCUCCAGCGUGUUUCAGCUCCGCUCCCACCCAAUGGGCAGCCCCACAUCCUGUGCCCAAGCAUAGAUAUUUUCCUGGUUGCUUUAGUCGUCGUUGCAGAUUCAGAACAAUGGGCGUCCUCCAUGUGAGCUUCCAGUCUCUCCAGAAUCCCUUUGAGAAGAAGCCCUCCAAGGGAGGCUACAAGAAGUGAAAGAAAAGCAACCAGGGGAAGUGGACAGCGUGAAGCAGAAGCCCGCAGGACGGCACCAGAGGACAGUACACAUUCUGGGGAGAGGAGCAUUCGGGUUUGCCAGCCAGUCUGAGAGAGGAGCAAGGUGGAUGGCAAUCACAGGCAUCCCUGCAGCAGCUUUUACCAUGGUAGCAAGAAAGCAUGCAGGCACCAGGAUGGGUCUGCUGCCACAGAGGCGUACCAAGAACCUGCUGCCCGUGCUGGCUUUACUGGAGACUGUUGGGACGCUGGCCUUGAUGUCCUACGCUCUGCUGUACGAAGCCGGAAACCUGGUGAACCUCCCUGACAAACGCAUUGGCUUUUACAACUUCUGCCUGUGGGAUGAUGCAGCUGGGGAGCUGCAGUGCCUGGACAGCAAGCAUCUGCAGGCAAUGGGCAUCAGUCUACUACAACUGGGACUAGCCAGGGUUUGCGUGUAUUCCUGCCUGGUCUUCAUCCUCUUCCACCUCCCUUUUGUUUUAAAUGUGAAUUGCACAGGGCAGGGAGAGGGAUGGAAGAUGAUUCACAUCAUACUCUUCAUCAAGAUGAUUAUCCUGUCUGGAGGCCUGGGUAUGUUUCUUUUACAAACCUCGCAGUGGAUUCAUCCCUCUGAUUUCACUGGAGGCUUCCUGGCACUGCUUGGGACUCAGGCUCUGCUACUGCUCCAGAUUCUCACUGUCACUGUGUACCUCAGCUGGGCCAAGCACACACAUAUGUGUCAAAACCAUUUAACUGAGGAGGCCCUGCCCACUAAGAUUUGACAGUGAAGGAGAUGCAAGAGCUAUCGGCAACAUGAUUUAAAGUUGUGAUCCAAAUACAGCUUUACUCCCUAGGAAAAAAUCUGACUCCCAGUCCAAAGGCUCGUGUCCAGGCAUGCUCUGGCACGUUGCUGUGUGCAGCAUUCCUGCAUUAAGCUGGCAGCAAACAGCAGCCACAGCACAGCCACAGCACAGAAGCUUCCCAGGUACAAGAGCAUGUAACACCCCUCAGUUUGGGGCACAGCAUCAAAGUGACAGCACUUGUGGCCCCAAAGAGCAGUGAAGGUAGCAGAACCAGCAUACAGUGGGCACAGCCCUCUGCUCAUACCUAGUCUAAGGAAAAAAAGUUGUUAGUAUCUCAUAGAAUGUGAUUAAAUUUGUAAUUAACUAACAAAAUGCUUUUAAUACAUUUUGCCCUACCAUAUAACAAAGACAAGGGAGUUUAAAAACAGGAUAUGUAGAUUAUGUUUAACUAGGAACUAACAAAUGUUCAGGAAAAUGUAACCAAAUAGGUAAUUUCUUCAUAAGUAGACAGGAUAUAUACAAUUUAAAAUAAAUAAGCCAAUCAACAACCAACCUUCAGGGUUGUGAAGAAAGCUAUCUAGGACAAUACAGAAGUAAAAUCAGAAAGAAGCAGGUUUGUAGUUUGAAAACAACAGACUAGGCAUGCACCAACUAAGAAAGUGCAAUAAAAGGAGGAUUAAACGACCAGAAAAACCCCUACAGAGGGCAGUAAUAACCCCUAAAGGACACUAGAUGGCAGAAAAGACUGAAACGGUUAACUCUGUUCAUAUAAUAAGUUUUCAAAACCGGAGUUUUAUUGGUAGUGAAUAUGUAACAGCCUUCUAAGUACGUGCUGCAUUAAUUCAUCCAGUGGUUGGGAGAAUUUAUGAAAAUAAAGAUUGCCUGCUUAACAGUGA